GAAACAAUGGAUCAGACGAUGAUCAUCGUGUCCGCGGUCGUGGCUUCUCUCGGCGUGCUGAGUGCCAUACUGGGGUUCUCAGCCGAGGGCACAAAGCUGACUCUUCGGGACUUGCUGGAGACUGAAGACGGUGUGUGCAUUUACCCAGAGAACUCAGCUCUGGGGCUCGGGAUCUGCGCGGCCAUCUUCCUGAUAAUCGCCCAGGCCACCAUCGCGACUGUUGGCGGGUGCUGCGGCUGCUGCAAGUCCCGCGCCAUCCCCUCAGAGUCCAAGCGGAUCAUCGGGGUUGUCUGCGCCGUCUUCUCAUGGAUCGCGGCGGUUGUCGCGUUCGCGCUGCUGGUGGAGGGCGCGGCCUGGAACGCGAACGUGGAACGGAACGCGUCGGCGUACGGGUUCUGCUACGUGCUCAAGGACGGCAUCUUCGCUGGAGCGGCUGUGCUUACGCUGGUCGCCACGGCGCUUGGGCUCACUUCCUACCUCCUGCUCCGCCGACAGCCUGACGCCGCCUCUGCCGCUGCGGCGGCCAAGACGGGCGUUGAGCAGCCGCCGGCCAGGAUCUCAAUGGGGCAGCCGCAGUUCCCCCACACGGCCGCACCUACAUCCAGCGAAGCGCCCACACGCAUUCCCCCUCCUCCUCCUACAGGCGGCUAUGGAGCGGAAGCACCUCACCAGCAGAUGCAGCAGUUCCCCUCUGCUCCUCCAGCUCAGGGCUACGAACCACCACACGUGCCGAACCAGCAGUACUACCCGCCUCCUCAAGGGCAUGAGCAGGUGUAG